ACCAUAACCUUCAGUUACUCACAAUUCCUUCAUCUCCUUCACCAUUCUUGGAAUCUACUUUCAUUUCUUUCUCACGAUUCCUCUUUUUCCUCACACUUUUUUUUUUGUGUGUGAACAUAAUAUUUUUCAUCAAGACUAAAACACAUAAUCAAUUUAUACAUUCAACAUUAAAAUUAUCACACUCUAUAUACUUCAUCCAUUAAUCCUAACCUCUACUUGCAAAUAUUCUUCAGCUCGCCGCGUGUUUCUGACAUUAAAGAUUAAUUAUACAUUCAUCAAAUUGUCAAAAAAAAAAAAAAAUGAUGAAUGUAUUUUCGAUGGUUCCGGGUGUUGUUUCUUGCAAGCCUCCAUUGAGUUUCCAACCGGCACUAAUGGAUAAUAACAACAAUUCAUUGUUCCAACAAAAACAUCAUCGUAAUAACAACAAUAAAAACAAAGUUGUUGUUGUCAUGGGUGCUACCGGAACCGGGAAAUCCAAGUUAGCAAUAGAUAUAGCAACACAUUUUUCACCGGCUGAGAUUAUCAACUCCGAUAAAAUUCAAGUUUACAAAGGACUUGAUAUAACAACAAACAAAGUUACCGAUGAAGAGUGUUGUGGGGUCCACCAUCAUUUACUUGGAACCGUUGAUCCUAAUUUGAAUUUCACAUCCAACGAUUUUUGUGAACACGCUACGGAAACAGUUGCUUCUAUUGUUGCAAGAAACGGGUUACCUAUUAUAGCCGGUGGAUCCAAUUCGUACAUUGAAGCUUUGGUUAAUCAUUAUCCUGAGUUUCGUACAAGGUACGAAUGUUGUUUUCUUUGGGUUGAUGUUGCAUUUCCCGUGCUUCAUUCGUCGUUAUCCGCACGAGUUGAUCGUAUGAUUGAAGCGGGUCAGGUAAAUGAAGUUCGUGAAUUUUUUGACGAAAAAAAUCGUGAUUACACAAGAGGAGUACGAAGAGCCAUUGGUGUGCCGGAAUUUGACGAAUUUUUUAGAGCUGAGUUAGAUGGGAGAGUUGAUGAAAGAACCAUGAAGAAGCUUCUAGAAGUUUCUAUUCAUGCUCUUAAAAUGAAUAAUAUUAAGCUUGCGAAUAGACAAGUUUCGAAGAUCAAUAGGCUUUAUGGUAUGUGGAAAAGAAACAUGCACCGUCUUGAUGCAACGGAUGUUGUUCUUAAGGAAAGGAAUUGGGAGGAUUGUGUUUUGGCUAAAAGUCUUAGGAUUGUUAAUAAGUUUCUAUACGAGGAUUGUUACAAUACUCGCGUUGGUGGUGGUUGUGGUGUUGGGUCAUCAAUGGCUUCUUCAAGUGUGAAUCAUCGAUUCAUAUAAGGAGUCAAUUGAAUCACUGGUUCUAAUACUAUUGUUGGAUCAUGAAGAGAUAAUAUGAAAGAUCAUUCAUUUUAGACCAAGAACAACCAUACAAGUGAGUUGAACACCAAAUCUUAAUAUCACUGUGUUGGUGGUCUGUGGUCAUGGUGGUGGUAUUGUGCCUUCUGCCAAGGUGGCGGCGGGGUAACCCAUUAGAGGUAGGGUCGAGCCAGCAAGGGAAGAAUAAAAAAAAAAAAAUUUAUUAUUAUAUAGAUCAAACCUCACCACUGACAUUACAAUAUUUGGCAUUUCACAUAUUUUUUUUUCAUUAUUUUUGUCACAUCCCACUCUUCCUCGUUAGUGUGAUCAUGUCACUGGUAGUAAAAGGUUUACUUGUAUACUUACUAGCGGUUGCUAUACAUAUAUAGAUAAUGUUUUCUUUUUUUGUUAAUUAAACUACUGGACAGUUUUUAUAUUUAACAUAUACUGGAGUGCAAUAUUAUACAUUUAUCAUUAUUA